AUGACACAAGCACUCUUGGAUACACCGCGCCAUCCCGGACGCAGCGAACGAGGCUCGGAGAGUGAUAGCUCGCUCGAUGAGAUCGCGCAGGAGAAGCAGAAUGUGCUGGUGACAACACUCGGCCAUCAUGGAAAGGACCUGGACAAUUCGGCAUCCCCGAAGCGUUGGAAGAGUUUCUGGACGGCAUUCCGACACCUGGCCCACUUGACCCCGAAACAAGUUGAUGAUUUCAUGGCAUCAUACGUUAUCUAUAACCUUGACUGGUCCGACGAAAAACAAAUGACCGAGUCUCUGGGCCCAAACUACCAAGAAAAAGUGGGCGAUUGCUUGAAGUCAUAUUAUGGAGUCCUGAACCACCUGUGCGCACUAGGCGAUGUCGAAAAGAUGUACAUCCCACCAUGGAUGAGCCCAAAGUCCAAUGUGCUAGAGAACCAGAUCUUGUAUGAGCGCUCAAUCGCACAAGACAUCGGUCUGGGGAGAGGAAAGAAGGUGCUGGAUCUGGGCUGCGGCCGCGGGCGUGUUGCCGCCCACAUGGCGCAACACACCGGCGCCCAGGUAACGGGCCUCAACAUCGACCCGAACCAAGUCGAGCAGGCGAAGACCUUCAACCAGGAGCGCGGACUCCAGAAUAACUUCGUGACGCAAGAUUUCAACGACCUCCCCCUACCCUUCGCCGACGAGAGCUUCGACGCAUUCUACCAGAUCCAAGCACUGAGCCUGUGCAAGGACCUGCCUGCUUUGUUCCGCGAGAUCUUCCGUGUCGUCAAGCCGGGCUCGAAGAUCUCCCUGUUGGACUGGAUCAGCCUGCCGGAUUACGAUGCUAGUAAUCCGGAGCAUGCGGAGCUCAUGCGCCGUGUCAAGCCGCUCAUUGGUGCUGUCGGUACACCCACGCAGGAAAGUCUCGAGGCGGCGUUGAAGGUGGCUGGAUUUGAGGUUGUGCGGUCGGAGAAUGCUAGUAUCGAUGGUCUCCAGGCCCCGCUUAUCGAUACCGUCGAUAUAUACUUUCGCACCCUGCGCCAGGCGAUCCUUGCGCUCGUCAAGGUGCAUGUGCUGCCGCGACACUUCAAGACUUUGAUUAACCGUCUUUGUUUGGAUGGUCAGGCUUUUGUCAAGAUGGAUCGUAUGCGUCUAGCUACGACGAGUUAUAGCAUCAUUGCGCAGAAACCCAAGGUUUAG